AUUUAAAAUCGACGAUUAUUUUAAAUUGCGUCAUUCAGUUAUUCGAAGUACAAUUUUACUGCAAUUUUAGCUAUACGAUGAUUUUUAUGAAUACAGAAGUUCCCCCAUCAGUUGCCUCACUUCACGACGUUGCUCAUGGUUUGCUUCGCUCAUUUCUGGCAAUACCACCACUGUAUGUUUAUGUCGCGUCAGCUGUUCGUGUAAUCCCGUUGAGAGACUGAAACAAAAUGUCUCAUAAAUUAUAUAUUUGGUCGUUGAUGAACUUUAUUUGUUUUUCUGCCGCAAAUCACUUCAAGAAUUUCGACGAUUCAAUCUUAUUUUCAUUGGAUUGGCCUGGAUACGGUUCUAAACCUGAAUUACUGGGAUCUCCUGAUUAUGAGAAAUUGAGAUUGGUGUCUGCUGAUCAGGAAGAAUUCCAAUGCCACUUUCCAAUAAGCUAUGGAGAAGUGGAGGAUGGGAGCCAAUCUUACAAAGGGCCUCAAGCACUUUCAUUGCUCAUGCCUGCAUUGAGACAGAAAUCCUGCUCCUACAAGAUUGAAUCAUACUGGAGCUAUGAAGUUUGCCAUGGGGGCAAAAUUGUGCAGUACCACAAGGAGCAAGAAAACAGAGGCAAAAAAGUCAUAGACCAACAGUACACCUUAGGUCGUAUUACUCCUGCUCAACUACAGCAGCUUGAAGCUGAUGCCAAAGCAGAAGAUGCAGCAUCAUCACCUACUGCAAGAGAGGUUUCUGAAACCAAAGUGGAAGGAACGGAUGUGCCUUACUACCCCAUACGAUAUGCAGACGGGUCAAUAUGCGAGCUGACGGGCAAGCCAAGAGUGACGGACGUGCUGUACGUGUGCUACGAGCACGGUCGUCACGACGUGUACUCUGUCAAGGAGACGGCCACGUGCGAGUACGAGAUCAUCGUCCUCACAGACGUGCUGUGUCAGCAUCCUCUCUACACGAAGAAGGAAAAGCCGGAAAUACCGAUCCACUGCGUGCCGACAGCGGCCGGAGCUCGGCGGCCCAAGGAGCUGCUCAGGAUUGAGGCCCAUAGCCUCAAGCUCAAGACCAUGCCUGAGACAAAGCUGUCGGGCUCUCCUGAGAGCGGUGCCAUGGCACUCGGCAAGAUCGAUGCUGAUCUCGCCAAUGUCCCAGCAACGCUUUUGGACGAGAAUCACGACGACCAGGAGACUGAUGAUGACGAGGACGACGAUGAUGACGAUGAAAGCGGGGACGGUUUCGAUAAGGAAACGUCAUCAUCCAGGAAUAGCAAACCAUUUCCCCCACGACCAUUAACCCGUGACCAGUCGGCUGUGAAGAGCUUCCUCACGGGUGAAAACUGUCUGGAUGGGGGCAUCGGCUGGUGGCACUACGAGUUCUGCUACGGACGUCACGUGACGCAGUUCCACGAAAACAAAGAUGGCUCUCGCAUCACCAUCUUGCUCGGCACCUUCAGUGCUCCCAAGCACAUCGAGUGGAUCAAGAAGCACCCGAAAAAAGCCCCCAACGCGUACCAAGUGACGCACCUGUACUCGGACGGCGCCGUGUGCGACGUGACAGGCAAACCGCGGGUCACCGAGGUUCGCCUCAAGUGCUACCCGCCCAGCCAAAGCCUUGGUGUGGGCACCGUGGCCAUGUACCUGAUCGAGCCCCAGCCGUGCCACUACAUCUUGGGGGUCGAGACGGGGCUGGUGUGUGACUUGCUGCACGACGCCGAUGAGUACGGCCUCCUGCAGCAUGAAAUAUUCGACCAGACGCAAUUAUUGGGAGAGGACUUGCUCGAGUCGCCGGCCGACGACGGCGCUGAGGACGACGGAGAUGGUGACGUGCUGCCAGGGGCGCCAGAACCGCCCCACACCGAGCCUCGUCGCGACGAAACAUCUUCCAAACCUUCGGCUGACGAGGAAUCUCGCGGAGGCCCUGACACGGGUGGCCUUGAAGUUGAAACUGCAAGUCUAAACGCGGACCCAUUAAAUCCGAAUGCCGACUUCGGAAAUCUGAAUGUCAAAGCUUCUCAUCCGAAUGCCGAGGCGACACGUACUAAUACGGAGGCUGCAAAUUCGAAUGUAGAGGCUGCAAAUCCAAAUGUCGAGGCUGCAAAUCCAAAUGUCGAGGCUGCAAAUCCAAAUGCCGACGCAGUAAAUCCAAAUGCCGACGCAGCAAAUCCGAAUGCCGAGGCUGCAAAUUCAAAUGCCGACGCUGCAAAUUCAAAUGCCGACGCAGUAAAUCCGAAUGCUGAUGCAGCAAAUCCGAAUGAAGACUCGACGAGGCUGGAAGACGAUUCAACAAAUGCCCGUACGAGACCUGCCUCGUCAAGGCUACACGAAGACACGUCAAUACCAGACGAAGAUCAAAUAAAAGAAAAAAACUCGGUAAAGAGCGACGAGUUGUAGCGCUGUGAAAUGCAUUAGUUUUUUGUUCUUGUGCGUGUGUUGUGUGUUACUGUCACGUCAUUUAAAAAGUUUAUAUUCGUGUUUCUGUCACGACUUUUUGCGUACAACUUUUUCUGAAGAUUGUUUGUAUGUACUUAAUUGUGAUAUAUAUAUUUACCGCUUAGAUAUUAUGCUAGGACGAAGAGUGCAAUGCGUUCUCCAAACGUAGUCAAAUUCUGUCGUUUUCGUGCCGACUUGAUCUCAGGCAGAGAGACGCAUUCAAUUGUUCCGAGACAUGAGAUCGCUCGACAUUGUUCCGAGAUUGAAUAUAUACAGUAUAUAUAUUGAUUUUGAAUUGUUUGUUGUUCAAAUUUUUCAAUAUUUUUGGGUCUUGAGUGGUUCUCAUAUAGGUAGUGAAUUAAAUUCUCAUUAUGACUGAAUUAAAUAAUAUUAUGUUUUGAUUACAUUUGUUGUCGCAUUGGGAAAGAAUAAAUUUUAAAAUCCAAAGCUCCUAAAUGUGCCGACAAUAAGUGCCUUUAUCGUAGAACUUAGAUUAUUGAACGUGAGCUUUGUUGAAAAUAUCGAAUUCUAGACGUAAAGAUAUGGCUUUAGGCCUUCAGUUGGUGAGCUCUUUGCUACAGGCUACUCAUACGUACAAGAAAUCACUUUUUGUAUAUCAUGCCUCAUUAAUAUGUGUGCUAAUGUGACAUUAUGAAUUUUUUCUUAUUACACCUUUGCU